AUGGAAGCGCAACACGCAGUUCCUCCUUACCCUCCGCCUCCGCCUCCGCCUUUUCCUCCGGACAAUGUCGAUCGGAGGUCGUUUGGGAGAGCAAAAGUUGACGUGAUGGACGUCGAGAGUCGUGACGCGAGAACACAACGAGCUGCAAGUGUGCUGUCGGGACUGUCCGCAGACGAUUUGGAGGCAGCUGAAACCCUAAAGAGUUUGCAACAAGAUGUACAUUCUCCCCGAUUACACCAGCCUCCACCCAAUCACGUCCAGACACGAAGCUCUUUCAACGGCAACGAGCCAGAGCCUCUCCUAUCUUUGAUCACUUCACAAUACCCCCUGGCCGCGUCUGUCAUAAAUGGCUCAAUCUCGGUUUACAAGACAGCUCAACAGUAUACUCCAGGCGGUGAAUGGACUGAAAGGAAUGUUGGUUUACCAUUAGCUAGGACGACCGCAAGGAUAUCUGGUGUCGAAAGUGUUGCAAGGUGGGCCCUGCAGCCGAAGAGAGACCCAAGGAAUGGACCGCAAGCAACGCCAGACAUUGAAAAAGCAGUCCUUGAAAUCAGUUCCGAUGGUGUAGUCAGGCAAGCAGAUCUCGCUAGAGGCGAGCAGCUUCCUGCUUAUAGUGCAGGCGAUAGAUCUCCACCAUAUUCAGAACAUUUGGUCCUUUCCCGCGAACAUCACCCUGGAGUAGGCUGGCGCCAGCAGCUAAUUAUUACCACAAGCGGUCUUGGCGUCGCCAUGAGCGAGGAAAGCAUCAGAAGUCUCAAAUAUUGUCUGGGCUGGUUGCGCUGGGCCAACGGUCGACUUGGUGGUGCCGUAGCUAGUUUAAAAGACCUGCUCCAGCAAUGGGAGCAUCGGCCGUCUCAUAUGGCUCAACCUAUGUCUGUGUCAAACCUUACCAUCGAUGACAGCGAAGACCACGCUCUGCACGCAAGGAUUGCUGCAGUAAAAGCCGACGUAUUAGCGACCUUGAAGCAAGUCGUACAAGUUGUUUCCACAUAUGCUGGUGGUGCCUUGCCAGAGAAUGCGCGUCGCCUCGUGCACCAGCACCUCGUCUCCCUGCCACAAAGGUUCACAAUCGCCUCGCGAUCGAGCGACGAAGAGAACCACGAUGCGGCAACCAACAAUGCCAACCGAGCCAUCGUCCUAGCUCAGGAGGGUCUCGACAUGAUGAAUCAAGUGACCAGAGUAGUGAACGACACUCUUGUCAGUGCUGAGGAUUGGAUCGAAAAGCUUGGUCGUGGACGGCGACAGGUACAGCCACACGAGAAUGCUGAGAAGUCGGCGACUCAGGAGCCUGCGCGAGAACGAAGCGAAACUGUCGGACACGAUUCUGAUGUCAAGAUGGAGAUGUAA